AUGACCUUAAUAUUGCAGUUGGAUGCAGUACAGCUAUUAGCACAUGGUGCAGCAACAAUGUCUGUUGAUGCAUCAGCUCAAGAGAUACAUCAGAAAACUGUAGUCAAGUAUGGAGCAGAGUUGCGCACAGAGCUAUUUGGGCCAGAUGAUUCAGAUGACACUCUAAGAAAACGCAAUAUUAUCAAAACACCAAACUUCACAAGCAACAGUAGCAGCCAGGAGGAUAUUGACUCUAUCCUUAAGUAUCAUCAGAAUAUGCAAGAGAAAGUAGCAGAGAAUAUGGUGAUGUUAACUAAGAAUUUAAAAGAGCAGUCGCAAAUAGCAAGCACGAUCAUCAGAGGAGACACUGAGGUAACUCGCCAUUGAAACAUAUUAUUUUAA